UCUACUUAAAGCUACAUGAAAAUCUCUAGGGCCGGGAAAUGUCUUCUAUAAAUACUCAAACUCUCUCUUUUUGCUUUCCCUCUCACUGGCAUUUCUACAGAAAUCAGCGGAGCAGAGAGAAAGAUCUCCUCUGAAAAUAGAUGGCAUUGCCGAAUCAGCAGCAGGUUGACUAUCCGAGCUUCAAGCUCGUGAUUGUCGGGGAUGGAGGAACAGGGAAGACAACCUUUGUUAAGAGGCAUCUUACUGGCGAGUUUGAAAAGAAGUAUGAACCUACAAUUGGUGUGGAAGUGCAUCCCUUGGACUUCUUCACAAACUGUGGGAAAAUCAGAUUCUAUUGCUGGGAUACUGCUGGUCAAGAGAAAUUUGGUGGUCUUAGAGAUGGAUACUAUAUUCAUGGCCAAUGUGCGAUCAUCAUGUUCGAUGUCACUGCCCGUUUAACAUACAAAAAUGUUCCUACAUGGCAUCGGGAUCUCUGCCGGGUUUGUGAGAAUAUCCCCAUUGUUCUAUGUGGCAACAAGGUUGAUGUCAAGAACAGGCAGGUGAAAGCAAAGCAGGUUACUUUCCACAGAAAGAAGAAUCUCCAAUAUUAUGAGAUUUCUGCCAAGAGCAAUUACAAUUUUGAGAAGCCUUUCCUCUAUCUUGCUAGGAAGCUUGCUGGAGACCCCAAUCUCCACUUCGUUGAAUCACCUGCUCUUGCCCCUCCGGAAGUACAUAUCGACAUGGUUGCACAACAACAGCAUGAGGCAGAGCUUGCUGCAGCUGCUGCACAGCCAUUGCCAGAUGAUGAUGAUGAUGCUUUUGAUUAGAGAGAGAGAGAGAGAGGACUUCUACUGGAAGUCCAUGGUUUUCCCCCUUUUUUCUGAUUUCUUCCCUUUUUCCUUACAAAUUUUCUGCAGCAUACUAAAAAGAUUUUCUUAAAACCAAGUCAGUGUUGUCGCGUGUCACAGUUUGAACCAUUUGGUAUAUUACUUGUAAACAUUGUGGUUUUUCUUCUUUGUAUUGGAGAAUCUGAGUUUGGUAUUUUUGAUGAAAAACGUAAUUUGGUA